AUGGAAACAUCAUUUCCUGUUAUCAUGGACUCCACCGAUCGCCCGAGCCGUGGUGAGCUCGGCGGACCGCAAAUGGUCAUUCAACAAUAUGCGCGAUAUCCUCCGACCUUGGAAUCAACGUUGCAGAGUGCUUCCUCCCUGGGGAGUGCUCGUAGCCAAAUAGAUAUCAACAAAUCGCCACCUUUACAGCGAAGAGAAACCCCCAGGAGCUUACAGUCUUCCCCGAGGGGCAUGCGUUCUGCUAUACCGCCAUCUUCGGCCAAUCGCUCCGGGACAUCCAUGUCUCCACCACUAUUCGAUCCUCAUCGCCAUCAGUCGAUGAAAGAUCCUGCCGAUCACGCAGAUUCCCGAGUUCUUCCUUCACGGGAUAUCACUGACGAGACGAUCGAUGAUGCCUAUGUCGCAUUCAUCUUAUACUGCAAUCCUAAUGUUCCAUCCUCAGUUGACACGUCAGAUCUGCGAAAGACCUUUCGGUGUCUCCCGCGGAGUGAUGGGAAGAGCUUCAACAUCUUUACCCUAUACGGGCUCAUUCGAAAGCGGCUGCAGAAUGAAGAGUUGAAGACAUGGAUCCAAUUAGCAAUUGAAUUGGGUGUCGAACCACCUGACAUUGAAAAGAAACAAAGCACCCAGAAGGUGCAGCAGUACACAGUUCGGCUCAAGGUACGUCUGCCGUCAACCCUCCAGCCCAUAUUUCGUCUUGCUAAUCUCACCCAGCGGUGGAUGCGUGCUAUGCAUAUCGAUGCUUUCUUUGAAUAUUGCAUGGGAUUGCCCCAUUCUUACUAUACGCAGCUCCCACCAUCCGGUCCUUUCGUCAGCGAGUCCCGCGAUGGUGUAUUAUUGGAAGAAGAUCUCGCACUCAGGGCACUUGUGCCACAAUGGAAGCCAAAGCGGGGAAGGAAAAGGGUUGAGGAUAGGUACAUCGAGGAAGAGAGAGCGAUCAAGCGGCCCCAGUUGGAUACGUCUGUUGGCGUCGUACAGCAGGGUAGUUUUCAGUCCCAUUCCGUAACAUUCCCACAGAGUGCGAUUCCAUUCAGUGCAUUUCCUGAUGAUAUGGAACCAAACGACCCCUGGACAGCGGCGACCUCGUCAUAUCCGAAUGGUUCAGGGCCGGAUCAGCCAAGUCAAGAUACACGCUGGAGACUUCCUGACCGGGAUGCCUCUCCUGCUAAUUAUCCACAGUCUGCUAUCAUCCCACGGAGUCAUCUACCAUCAGAUGUUCACAUGUCGGCGGAGCCAAGGUCGGCAGUCACCCCGUCAACCGGUGAAAAGAGCCGUUCUAGGAGACGGCAUGGCCCUGCAGUUUCAUCUGCUUGGCCGAACAGCAAUGGCUUGUCCGCUGGGAAAGGCCGGGGAAGGCCACCAAAUAGAGGGUCAUCGUCGGGUUCCUUUUCUACCUUCCAGGUCAAUCCUAGUCGGGAAUCAUCACAAGCACCCAAUCCGAAUAAUCAACCUCCGUCACUUGCCCUUGAGAGAAAUCCGCCCCAAAUAUUUCAGACCCCACCUCACAAUCAGCCUCCGACGUCUAUCUCUCAGGGGAGACCGAAUAAACUUCAAUUGCAGGUCCCUCAACAUUCAGGGGCACCGGUUCGACUAGCCACACCACCGAGGCUAGUAGUUAAUGGUGUGAAUGGUGCUGUCAUUCCUGGGUCCGAAGAGCCCAAUGGUUCCCGCCAAUAUCCCACCACAGAUACUCCAAAGAAUGGUAUCGCUAGUCGAACAUCCUCCGGUGGGCAAGGCAAUGAAGUCGCUACUACAAGUCCCUCCAUCGAUGACAUUGUUCAUGUACUUUCUGCAGAGCUUCUUCGUGCUAGGCUGACAGGGCGGACGGGGACGCUCAGUCCCAAUGAGGCGGGUGCCCUAGCUUCGGCGAUGGUGAUCAAUUUGUCUUCGUUAUAUUCUCAGUUCCAACUUGGGAACCCUUCGCUGCUACUGGCUUUUCACCUUGGCGUUGGUCAUCAUUUCGGAUUCACGGGCACUAACCCAGGGCCACUGGUUGUCAAGGCCGAACGUGUCAUUCAAAGCAGCGAUGGAAAUAGGGGGGCCUCAGCCUCCAACGACUCAUUCAGUGGGGUCCACUAUACCAUCUCCCAUGAGUACAAGACUUCAAGCCAAUUUUCGAUGCAAAUAACGCUCGCAAAUGUCAAUCCUACUAUAGGAGGGACAGGUGCGUCUGACCACACAAGCACGAUUAUGGGUCCGAGCCAAGAGAAUAUUGACAACGAUAAGACGGUGGAGCUGGAUUCUGACGAUGAUGAUCCCAGCCAUCCUGUUUCCGAGGCAACAUGGAAGCAGCGUUACACAAAACUCCGUGCUCAGAUGCAGAAAAAGGAGCAGGCUUUGUCACAAUACAAACGAAAAAUCGUGGAAUCUGUGAUGGCGGACAUAUAA